AUGUCGAGCGUAUUCUUCUACGAGCCCUUCUACGACUUCGAUCGCUUCUUUGACGACGUGUUCGCUCCUCGUCAAGCUGUCAGAGACGGCAACCAAGUCGCCCAACGGUCUGUAGACGGCGCCGUGAGGUCCCUCAAACCAAGGAUGGACCUUCACGAAGACAAGGAAAAGAACGUCGUGACCGCCACCUUCGAGUUCCCGGGCGUCUCGAAGGAGAACAUCAAUAUCGACGUCCACAACCAUCGUCUGACCGUCUCCGCCGAGACGAAGCAGUCGACCGAGCACGAGGAGAACGGGUACGCCGUUCGUGAGCGUCGUUUCGGCAAGUUCUCCCGCACUCUCCAGCUUCCUCAGGGUGUAAAGGACGAGGAAAUCAAGGCCGCGAUGGAGAAUGGUGUCCUGACCGUCACCUUCCCCAAGAUCACCCCCGAGCUUGCACCUAAGCGCAUCACGAUUGCCUAA